AAACAACAACGAGAACAACUACAGCUACAACUCAGCGACGCGGCCGGAAAACUUCAACGCAGAUGACGUGCCGCCUCGAAUGCCUUCGCUGCCACAACCGCAGACUCAACCGCAAACGGAAACCACGAAUCACACUUUCAAGAGCUUAGCCUUCCUGGCUCCCGACGAUGGUGGCUUUGUUGUGGCCCCGCAGGCAACGGAAACAGAGUUCUCCCAGUCCUUGCCAAUUUUUGACUUUGGCAUGCCGCGCAACAUCACAGGACGAACUGGGCACACAGAGGCCAUCAUUAAAUGCCGUGUGGAUAGUCUGCAUGAUAAAUCGGUAUCCUGGAUACGCAAACGCGAUCUACAUAUACUGACUGUCGGGACCGCCACCUACACGUCUGACAAACGUUUUCAGGUAACGGAAUCGAAGGAUGCUCGCGAAUGGACGCUGCAUGUGAAGGCGCCGCAGACACGGGACAGCGGCAUCUACGAGUGCCAAGUGAAUACGGAGCCCAAAAUGUCGAUGGCAUUUCAACUCAAUAUCAUUGAAAUCUCUCCCGAUGCCAAAGCCAUCAUAAGUGGUCCACACGAUUUGCACUUUAAAGCAGGCAGCGCCAUCAUUCUUAACUGUGUGGUGCAGCAGCCGUCGGUUAAGGACAUUGGACCUAUUUAUUGGUAUCGAGGAGAGCACAUGAUCACUCCAUUCGAUGCGGAUGAUGGCGAUCCAGAAACCACCGGACUAGAACCGCUGCUGAACCAUCCGCAGCAGCAGCAACAACAAGCGGCAGUCGGCUCUGACAAAUUCGACACAUCGUUGAACGAGUUGCUGACGACAGAUAUCCAAAAGGAUUUUGCCACCCGCAUAGCCAUGGAAUCACAGCUUGGCGAUACGCUUAAGUCGCGAUUGCGCAUCUCCAAUGCACAGACAACGGAUACGGGGAAUUACACGUGUCAGCCGACAACAGCCAGCAGCGCCAGCGUCUUGGUGCACGUGAUUAAUGAUGAGAAUCCGGCGGCCAUGCAAAAAAGCGCCGCGGUCGCUUUAUUUGCCUUGACAUCGGCUCUAAGUCGAGGACUCGUUUGCAUUUUGGGACCUCUACUACAACUACAGCUACAACAACAACCGGCACCAUAUUAACUAGCAGCUGCUAAAACUGAAAGUUGCGGUUCUCAGUGAGAUGGCAUCUGUUAAGGAAGCAUCGUCGUCCUCGUCGCUGUCGUCGUCAUUAUUAACAAUGUUCUUGUACUGGCGAUGCAGGCACGCACACAUGCCCCCUUUUUUAUGUUUUUUAGAAACUGCAAAAGGGGGAAAACACCAACAACAUUGUCGUCGUCCUUGCCUCUGUUGCCAUUUGUCCU